UCAGCAGUAUCAUCGGAUGCGUGGUGGGCAACAAUACCAUCAACCCCGGAAGCACUACAACCAGCCUCACCGGAAAGAGAGACACAGCUCCCACAAGCAGAGGUCCAGAUAUCACCGAUAGAACCUGAGGUACAUGCAGAGAUGUCCAUCCCCUACAUCGUCAUCUUACCCUGGCUGCCGGGCUGCUAUCGGCGAGGCGUACAGUAGGCGCGGAACGCCAAAAUCAGCAAUUCAGAUAAUGUUAAAUUCUCUUUCAAAUAACACGCUGAAACAGUAUGAUACUUCUUUCAAACAAUGGUGGCUAUUCUGUAAGCAAAAUAAGAUUGAUGUUUAUCAGGCGUCUAUACCAUUCGUACUUAAGUUUUUAACAGAGCGUUUUGAAAAUGGAGCCUCUUAUGGCACAAUUAAUAGUACUAGAUCCGCUCUAUCUCUUCUUAUUGGACCUAGAAUAGGAAAUGAUGAUAGGAUAAAACGGUUUGUUAAAGGAGUAUUUCGAUUAAAACCUCCUACUCCAAAAUAUAAUAUAACAUGGGACCCUAGCAUUGUCCUCAAUUAUUUAAAAGGCUUGUACCCUAACGAAGUUAUAAGCUUGGAACAGCUUACCCAUAAAGUGGUGAUGUUACUUGCCUUAACGACAGGACACAGAGUCCAAACAUUAUCCUUAAUUAAGAUUAAUAAUAUUCAAUUUACUCAUGAGGGAGUUCAAAUUUUUAUACCAGAUUUAAUUAAAACUUCAGGAAAAAACAGUAAACAACCAUUAUUAAAUUUAAAAAUAUUCAGUAAUAAGAUUGAAGUCUGCCCAGUCACUACUUUAAAUUCUUAUAUCAAAAGAACACAGUCUAUUAGAGAUACUAACAGUCUUUUAAUUACGCAUAAAAAACCUCACCAUGCUGUUUCUACCCAGACUAUAAGUCGCUGGAUAAAAAAUGUACUUAAGGAGGCAGGCAUAGACGUUAACAUCUUUACAGCCCAUAGCACUAGACACGCCAGCACAUCAGCUGCAAGCAGAUCUGGUAUAUCCAUAGAUAUUAUCCAAAAAACAGCUGGUUGGUCAGAAAACUCUAUUUGCUUUGCUAAGCAUUAUAACAGACCAAUUUCUUCAGAACCUGACCAGUUUUGUAGUACGAUAUGUAACUUGAUAUCAGACUGAAUGUCAUGUUGAUUAUAAUUACAUUGUUAUCUUAAAUGUUACUGAUUUAAUAAACAGCUUUAUUUCUUAAUCAGAUUGUAUGAUUAUGUACUCGCAACCCUAUCUUUGAACAUCUACAAUGGUUAAGUUAACAGGGAGAGAGAUAAAUGUUAUUAUUAGAUUAAACGAACUUACCUUAAGUGAAGUUCUAUCUUAAUAACAUGAUUCUCUCUCCCUGUUAAGAGAGUCCCAUCCCUUCCCUUGUGUAUAUAUGCUAAUAUACUUUUCCCAUUUACAGGGUUGCUCUAAUAAUCUACUGAAAUAUACUUUAAACGAAAUGACUUGUCGUACCGGAUGCCAUAGACUAGACAACUGGAGCUGUUCGAGCUUCUUUUUUAAAAGCUUUGAAAAUUGUGAUAAAUGUUGGAUACAAUAAAGGUUAUACAAUGGUUAAGUUAACAGGGAGAGAGAAUCAUGUUAUUAAGAUAGAACUUCACUUAAGGUAAGUUCG